UAAAAAUAAAAAAUACUUAAGAGCUCCGUACUGAUCUUGGUUUUUAGGGUUUCGUGUCAGAGCAAGGAAUCAUGAAAGCUUCCUUAAAGUUUCGUGAAGAACAAAAGCCGCUCUUUAGAGCCAAAGUCCCUUUAAGCAUCUUAGGCUUGCCGUUCCAAUCCGGAAUUGUGGCCGGCGGUGACUUCAAGGAGUUCACUCUCAAUCUCGCUACCUUUUUCCAAUCUGGACCCUCUAUCAAGGUCGCCUACCGCCCCAACGAUGCCUGGAACCCUUUCUCUCUCAUUGUCAGGACUGGAAUUGGACCCCUCGGUUCGCCCAUGGCCAGUUCCAUGCUCAUGAAUGUUGAAUUCAGUUUGCUUGGGAGGGGAAACCCUAGCUUUAUGCUACAUUUCAAGCCCAGGAUUGGGGAUUUUUCUAUUAAGACAUCGCAGUCUUCUUCAUUCUUUGAGAAGAGUGGGAAUGAUGUUGGGUCUUUGCCGAAUUGCAAUUGUGAUGGACCCAUUGAAGCGGUGGAGCCUCCAGUGAUGAACGGAAUUUCGGUUUUGCCUCCGCCUACUGUAAGGACGAUUGAUGGGGCUUUGUCUGGCUUGGAAGUUACAGCAAAUACGAAGCUGCCUGUGAGGAGAGCGGUGCUGAAUUUCCGGUGGGGAGUUGGGGUUCCCGAGGAGAUUAGGAAUGGAAUAGGAUCUAUUACUGGGAUAAACCUAAGAAAGAUUCCAUUUUUGGUGAUGAACAAGAUAGGGAUUGAGCUCAUGAGCGGUGAUGAUUCGAAAUCGAAAGGGGCGGUCUCCGCCGCAACGAAGUUGAGCUCGAUAUUGACAAAUGCUGAUAUGGCGGAGGCUUGUUUGAUGGUGAAGAGGCAACUAGAGGUUUUGCAAGCUGAGAAUGGUCUACUGAAGAAAGCCGUGGAAGAUCUCAGGCAUGAAAUUGCUGCAGGCAAAUUAGGUUCGCCAGUGGCAGAUUUCAAUUCUGGCAAAUACAGAAACGAGAUGAGAAAUUUAAAUGGUAGUAGAACUGAAAGGAGAGGCAAUGAGAAUUGAGAGGAAAGCAAUGGAAGGCAUUGAGGGGAGCUACUUGUGAUGGGGCUUGAACCUGUUGAAAUUGCUUGGAAAAUCUGCUAAGUGGGUUUAGCUUGCCUUCAAAAGAUUAGCAGGCUUGUUUUCUUCAAUACUCUCUCAAUUUUUGAUUGUGGGAUCUGAUAGGUGAAAUGAUCAGUCUGCUGUUUCUUCUCCAACUUUCUGAUGCCCUUCAAUGACACCAAUCAACAUAGAUUGAGCACUGAAGCCGGGGAGAAAGAGAACUUGCCUCUGAAGAGGAUCAAACUUGAACUUCUUUUGUCUUGGAUAAAUUUUCUUCCAAAUGGGCCUCUGCCCUACACAUCAAAAAACUCUAUUCCCUUCUUUUGAUCAAAUGUGCAAAGCCCAACUUAUGCUUAUGUAAUGGGCUUCAAAAGAUUAUCUAUUUUCUGUUUCAAUGGAAGCCCUUCAUUUAAGGCAAAGACUGGACAAGUAAUUCUGUUUUUUUUUUU